AUGGUUGACCGAAUGGCCUUAACAAUGGGCUGCCACGCCAAGAUUGAAGGUGUUAACACUUCCUAUGGAUAUGUCCCGCACCUGUCAGUGGGAAUCGCGUUUUGUGUUCUUUUUGGCGUUUCCAUGAUUGCACAUACGAUUCAGUUCUGCUUGAAGCGACAAUGGUGGUGUGUGGUAUUUACACUUGGCUGCAUGGUGGAAUUGAUCGGAUGGGCUGGUCGAACCUGGUCGCAUUCGUGUCCGUAUAACGGGACCGCAUUCUUAAUGCAGAUAUCCACUCUCAUUAUUGCUCCGACUUUCUUCACUGCUGGAAUCUACGUUCUCCUCGGUAGAUUUAUCCAAAUCCUGGGCCCCCAGUCCUCCAUCUUGUCACCAAAAUUGUACCUCUGGAUCUUCUGUACUUGCGAUAUCAUCUCCCUGGUUAUCCAAGCUGUCGGUGGUGGUCUUGCCUCCAUGGCAGUGAACAAGGUUGGUGGCAACACUGCACCCGGUACACACAUCAUGGUGGCUGGUAUCGUGUUUCAAUUGCUCUCCGUCACUGUCUUCGUCAUCUGCGCCGCAGACUUCAUUCGCCGAUCUGUGCGUCACAAUCUUAUCCAACCCCUGACCGGAACUAUCAUCCCGCUGCUGGUUGCCAUGACCUUCUCCGUGUUGUGUAUCUAUGUUCGGAGUAUCUACCGUACUAUUGAACUGUCACAGGGUUGGACUGGCUAUCUGAUUACACACGAGAAAUACUUCAUUGCGAUGGACGGCGCUAUGAUGAUCGCUGCUGUUGUGGUUUUCAACGUUGUGCACCCUGGCUGGUUCCUGCCCAAGGAUACUGCCUUUACGCCAGAUAUUCCUUCAGAUGAAGUUGAGAUGAAGCCGUCUCCGAACAAUUAUUAG